AAACCAAAAACAAAUUUGUGACGCAGUUGUGAUGUAAUUUCCUCGGCUCCUCCUCGCCCGACUAUUAUAACCUAUGAGAGACACUACAGAGAUUAACUUUGGACUCCAGUGAUACAGGAGCGACAUGGAAAACGGAGUACAGGAACAACCUCUGAACCAGGCAGAACUGCUUGCACAGAUGUUUCCCACAGACAGUCUGGAGUACAAACUCCUUUUGAGGUACGUACAGAAGAAAAUAGACAGUCAUCCCACCCAAAGCAACAGUGUGGGAGAGGUGAAGGCUGCUACACAUCCUCAGAAACACCAUAAAACACAGAAAAAUAAGAAGCGUAAAUUUCUGAAGAUCAUAAGCUGCAUUCGGCCAGAGAGGGAAGAUGAAGAUUGUGUGACUAGACCUCCUCACAGACAACCGGCAACUGCAGGUUCAUCUGAUUCAGACCAGGAAGAAGUUGAACAAAUUGUCAACAAGUUGACUAAACUCACAGAUAAAGUUCAUUUUAAAUCUACGGAUAUAGAAACUGAUGGUGACGAUCUUGUGGAGCAAAUAGUGGAACUGCUUCGGGAACAUGGAGAUAAACUUAACGAGAAAAUACAAAAGGACCACAUGCUUAUGAAACAGCUGCAGGACUCUCUGUCAUACGGUUUCUUUAAAAAAUUGGCCCGUAGCUUUAUACACAGACUAAGUCCGGAGGAGCUUCCUGCUACACAGAGCCGAAAGCAAGCUGAGAUCGCGAUCACCUUUGAGCUGACCAGCCGCCUAAAUGCCAUGGACUCCCAUCCUAUGAACCGAGUGCUGGGCUUUGGUGCUACAUACCUGCAGGACUACUUCACCCCCUGGGUCAACCAACAAGGCGGCUAUGAAAAAGUUUUCAGCACAGACAGUGAUGCUAAAGAGGAAGUCGAAUAAACCUAGAAGACUUUGAUCCACCCCACAUUCACCAACACCCCUCCCCCCUCGAACUUCAUUAGAUUUAAUUAUUCUCAGGAUCCAAGUCACUUGAAUAAGAAAAGUAUUUUAUUAAAAAAAGUUUAAUGUUUACAUAUCCAUGAUACCAAAGCCUCUGUGAAAUAGAAGUGUAGGUAUGUGGUUUAACAAUGUUUUUUUUUUGUUAAUUUUUAUAACUAAUUAAUUCAAUGAGUAAGUUGAUAAGUAAUUUUGUGUUAGAUAUUUUCAUGUGUUAGCGUUUUUGUAUUAUACCUAUGGUUGUAUGCAGAUUGAUUUGUGUGUUUAUGAGCAGUUAUGUUUUGUCUGUCCGUAGUGUAAGAUCUCACAGAUCUUAUGCAUGCAGAUUUACAGGGUUUUGGGGAAAUAGUAGAUUUUUUUCUAGUAGAAAAGCUAAAAAAUUUUUUACUCAAAUAAAGGUUUUUAAAAAAAUCACUCAAAUAAAUGUUGGACUGUGAAG